AUGGAAAAAUCUCCUUCCUUUGCUUUCCUCAUGUUCUCACUCCAUUGCUUCAUAUCCUCCUUAGCUUUGAUUGAUACAAACAUCACCACUGAUAAAUCUACCCUUCUUGGCCUUAAAUCCUUUAUCACUUCAGAUCCAUAUGAUUCCUUAUCUACUUGGUGUAUCUCUUCUUCUCCAUGCAAUUGGGUUGGUGUCACCUGCAAUACUCGCCAUGGAAGGGUCCAUUCCUUGAAUCUAGGUGGCAUGGAUCUCAAAGGCACCAUAUCUAAACUAUUGGGAAAUCUCUCAUUUCUUGUUGAACUUGAUCUUAGUAGCAACAACUUUUAUGGUGAAAUACCAAGAGAGUUAGUUCAAUUGCGUAGAUUGAAACAACUGAACUUGAGCUUCAAUGACUUUCAUGGAAAAGUUCCAGCAUGGAUAGGAGAUUUAUCUACAUUGGAGCACCUAAAUCUUCAAAAUAAUGAUUGGAAUUUUAAUUUAAUUGAAGGAAUCAUUCCUAUUGAGGUAGGAAGACUUGAGCGUUUGAAGGUUUUACGAUUGGCGGGUAACAAGCUUUCGGGAAUCAUUCCCCAAAUGAUUUCCAACUUAUCAUCACUUGAAUUACUGAGUUUGUCUUCUAAUACUUUGUCAGGAGGCAUUCCAAAUGAGAUUGGUCAUCUUCCACAGCUACAGAUAAUAUAUCUUGGAAAUAAUCAGCUUUCAGGCUCGAUACCAACCUCAUUACUUAACAGUUCGAUGCGACGACAAAUUGAUCUUGGAAUAAAUCAAUUGUCAGGGAGUAUCACAACAAAUGUGUGUCUUGGGCUACCAAAACUUGAAUUAUUUUCUGUGGAUAGAAAUGAUUUGUCUGGUGAAAUACCCUCCAUUUGGCAUCAAUGCAAAGAAUUGGCAAUGUUACAGUUAGGUGAUAACAUGUUCAACCUAGGAAUCAUUCCAAGUGAUAUUGGAAAUUUGACAAACCUCCAACGCUUGUAUCUUCCCUACAGCAAUUUGCAAGGUUUUAUACCCAUGGAAAUGGGCAAUCUUGAUAAACUCAAUGUCUUGGCCUUGCCCUUUAAUUAUUUCAAAGGGCGUAUUCCUUUCAAUAUUUUCAACAUUUCAACAUUGACUCGCUUACACCUUGACCAGAAUUCCCUCUCCGGCCUUCUCCCAUCAUAUUUAGGAAUUGGCCUUCCCAACUUGAAAGAAUUACAAUUGGCAGGGAAUGAACUUACUGGACAAAUUCCAAAUAGCAUAUCAAAUUCUUCUAAUCUCAUUUUGUUAGAUUUGUCAUUGAAUAAAUUUAGUGGGGUUAUACCCAUUGUAUUUGGAAAUCUAACAAAAUUGAUGACGCUAUCUUUGCAUGGGAAUUAUUUGAAUGGGUUGAUUCCUGAUAUAGUUAGCAAAUUACAUAGCCUCCAGUUUUUAAGUCUUAGCAACAACAGAUUGCAAGGGUCCAUUAUAGAUGAACUUUGCCAACUCAAAAGUUUAAGUGAGUUGUAUCUUGCCAACAAUAUGUUUUUGGGGGUGGUUCCCGGAUGCUUCGGGAAUACUUCUUUGCGGAAGUUGAAUUUUAGCUAUAACAACUUGAUUUCUCAUAUACCCUCUUCUCUUUGGAGUCUCAAAGAUAUCUUGGUAUUAGACAUAUCAUCCAAUGAAUUAAGUGGGACAAUUUCACUAGAGGUAUCAAACUUGAGAACAAUUACACUAUUGAACUUGUCAAGAAAUAAUAUUUCAGGAAGCAUCCCUACAACUAUGGGUAGCCUACAAACUUUACAAACCCUAUCUUUGUCCCAAAACAAAUUACAAGGGAAUAUUCCUAAAUCACUUGGUGGCAUGAUAAGCAUGGUGACUUUGGAUCUUUCCCAUAAUUAUUUGUCUGGUGUGAUUCCAAAAUCCUUAGAAUUACUUGCCUAUCUUCAACAUAUUAUUCUUUCUUAUAAUUUACUGCAAGGAGAAAUUCCAAAUGGGGGGCCUUUCCAGAAUUUCACUGCUGAAUCUUUUAUGAUGAAUAAUGAUCUUUGUGGGAAGUCCCAAUUACAAGUUCAUCCAUGUAGGAAAGAACACAAGCACAUGUCAAAUAAAGUGAAGCUAUUGAUAAAGUGCUUAUUGCCUAUCAUAUGCAUGGUUGCCAUUUUGGUUUUUUCAAGCAUUGUCUUUCUAAAGUGUAAGAGAGAUCAUGUUCAUGAUUCAACCAAAAGGGGUUUAAUAAAUUUUGAGACACCACCUAGGAUAUCCUAUUAUGAGCUCUGGCAAGGAACAAAUGGAUUUGAUGAGAGUAAUCUUCUUGGCUCUGGAAGUUUUGGAUUAGUAUACAAAGCAACUCUUCCAAACACAAAAAUGGUUGCUGUCAAAGUAUUCAAGUUAGAAGUUGAAGAAGCAUUAAGAAGUUUUGAUAUUGAAUGUGCUGUCAUGUGUAAUUUACGCCAUCGCAAUCUCAUUAAGACCACUAGUUGUUGCUCAAAUGAUCAUUUCAAAUCUCUAAUAAUGGAAUACAUGGCAAAUGGGAGUCUUGACAAAUGGUUGUACUCUCAUAACUAUUGUUUAGAUGUCUUGCAAAGGUUGAACAUAAUGAUUGAUGUGGCAUUUGCUUUGGAAUACCUUCACCAUAGUUCUUCUAUACUAGUUGUUCAUUGUGAUGUGAAACCAAGCAAUGUUUUGCUUGAUGAAGAUAUGGUGGCACAUCUUAGUGAUUUUGGUAUUGCUAGAUUGUUUGGUGAAGGACAAUGGGAAAUUUAUACCAAAACUUUGGCUACAAUUGGUUAUGUGGCACCAGAAUAUGGAUCAAAAGGACUUGUUUCUGUCAAAGGAGAUGUGUAUAGUUAUGGUAUUUUAUUAAUGGAAAUGUUUACAAGGAAGAAGCCAACAGAUGAGAUGUUUGUUGAAGGAUUAAGUUUGAAGCAUUGGGUUAGCAAAUCAACACCACAUUCAAUCACCAAUAUUCUAGAUGCCAAUUUGCUACAUAGAGAACAUCAAAAUAUUGAUAAUAUAUUACCUCAUAUAUCAUCAGUUUUUGAGCUAGCACUGAAUUGUUGCCAUGACUUACCUGAGGCGCGACUUUCAAUGGCUGAUGUUGUGGUGUCAUUAAAAAAAAUCAAGGUUAUAUUUGUGAAAAAUGUUAGAGGAGCUUCAAGUUGA